CUUCACCUCUUGUACUCUCAUCCAAAUACAUAUUCUCUUAUCACAACAUUCUAACUAUCUUAUCUAUACUUGUUACUAAUCUUCUCCUCCUACUAAAAUGAAGAGCAAGUUCAUUAAGUCCUGUGAAAAGAAACUGAAAAUGAUGACAGGCAAAGUCAUAAUACCGUGUACCUCUUGUGAGACAUGCUACGAAAGAAUUUGCUGGGCAUUCAAGAAGGAAGCUGAGGCGAUACCAAAAGAUGUCCCUAAGGGACACUUGGUUGUCUAUGUAGGUGACGAGUCCAGGAGGUUUGUGAUAAAGAUCAGCUUGCUUACACACCCACUCUUCAAGGCAUUGCUUGAUCAAGCACAGGAUGCUUACGGUUUCAAUGCUGACUCCAGACUAUGGAUUCCAUGCGAUGUGAGCACCUUCCUCGAUGUUGUCCGUUGCGCUGCUGCUCCACAUUAUCAGACGAACUGCAUGUGUUUCUAGGAAGGUUCUUGUACAGGGAACUCAAGACAUUUUAUUUAUUUAUCCGGGCAACGUUUCUAAAGAGAAUGUUGGUUAUUGCUAAGCUAUUGCAGUACACUAAUAAUGUAAGACUUUUUGUAUUGAAUGUGUCUUUAAAUUCAGCGGGAAAAAUGUUGUUAGCUAAAUGGCAAGCAGUAAACUCUUGAUCUCAGUUCUCCAGCUCCAAAGAUAUACAUGAAGCCACU